UUCUAUCUACUAUAAUUGCGUGAUUCGUGUCACUCGUGACGUGAUUAUGGCGAUCACCAGAUGAAAGAGAGCAGUGUUGUACAUAGAACAAUCGCGUUUACAGUGGACGGAAAUUUUAACGAGCAAGAAUAGAUAUGGAGAGUCAACAGUUUUGUUUACGAUGGCACAAUUUCCAAAAUACAUUAUUGAGCUCUCUUCCAAAAUUGCUCGAUGGUGGCCAUCUAACAGAUGUUACAUUGAGCGCUGGUGGUAGACACAUUCAUGCUCACAGAAUCAUACUCUCAGCUUGUAGUUAUUAUUUUAAAGAACUGUUUAAGGACUUAAGCUCUUUGCAACAUCCAAUCAUUGUAUUACCUGGUAUGGAAUAUGCAAAUUUAUGCGCUCUAGUCAAAUUUAUGUAUAAUGGCGAAGUGAAUAUUUACCAAGAACAAUUACCUGCACUUUUAGCUAUGGCUGAUACAUUACAUAUUUGUGGAUUAGCUGAUAUGACUGGGAAGAAUUCAAGACACGAUAACGGCUUAUAUACACAGCCACCAAUAAUGCCUCAGGAAAAACUGUCGAAUGAAGACAUGAUAAUGACAGAAUCAAAAGAUAAUACAACGAUUACUGAAUCAGAAUCAGUAUCUGCAUCCCUACAUGAGGUAAUAAAUAAUUUAGACGAUGAAGAGCCUAGCAACGAUCAAGAAAGUAUACCGUAUUGCGUGAAAACGAAGCCUUACUAUUCUAUCAAUGCAAAGUUAAAUCAAAGGGAAAAAACAUCUGCUUCUGUUAAUAUAUCUGUUAAUAAAUAUCUCGAUAAAGGAUAUUCGGAAGGUAUAGCGGACGAAACUGCAUCAAUGACGGAGGAUCAAAUUACACCUCUAGAAGAUAUAAAACCGCCAUCGGUCGCGUGGGACGGAAAUUUCAAAUUGCUUGCGGCAUCCGCACCUGGCAAAACUUCUCAGACCUACAACAAAUCUAGUGUUACUUGUUUUAUUUGUGGUAAACAGUUGAGCAAUCAAUACAACCUACGCGUACACAUGGAGACACAUAGCAAUAGUUCAUAUAGCUGCACAUCAUGCUCACAUGUAUCGCGAUCACGAGAUGCGUUAAGGAAACACGUAUCGUAUAGACAUCCAGUGGCUUCUUCACAGAAACGUCCACGGUACACGUCAAAACCACCACUGUGAUGGUGAAGAGUCAAUGCUGUGUUAUUAUACAUAUAUAGACAUUUUAAUCUUUGCUAGAAUACCUGUUAAACAUUUUGGUGCAAUUACAAAGGGAGAAAAAGUUUGAAAGAGAUAAAAAUAUUUUAUUAAAUAUAUUAAAAAUACACCCGUUUUAAAAAAUUUUUUCUAGACAUAUUGCACUAGAAAAUAAUUUAGUGACAGAAUUUAUGGUACCUUAUAUUAGUAAUAGCAGCACUGGACUGAUUAAUAAUAAGAAAAGCCAUAACAUCUUAUUUCAUUAAGUGUACAAACAACAAAAGAUCAUGUUCCUGAAGACCUUUAGUGUUCGAAUUGUUAUCGCUUUCUUGUUAUUGUUACACUGUUUUAAUAAAGACAAGUUAGAUAAGUUGCGUGACUUUUAGUGCAAAUAUACAAUAUAUCUAGAAAUGAUAAAAGCUAAAGCAACAGGAGACUUUAAAUAGUUACAUGGAAUGUAAAUUACUUUUAAUAAAAUCAAUAAAAAGAGAUGCUAAGAUUGCAAUAUAA